AUGCGUUCAACAUCUUUAGUUGGUUCAACUUACAUAACAAUUCGUAUUUUAUCAACCGAUGGUAAUAUUUAUGAAGAAAGUUUUUCACCGGAUACAAAUUAUUCUGAAAUCAAACAAUCGGCCAUUCGACAUUUAGUCAGUCGUUAUCACUUCGUAGAUUCUUACAAAUUGCCAUAUCGUCGCUCAUCAUUUGUUACACCAGCCACUUCUUCUUCAACGACUUACAGUGAACAACAUGAAAAACUCAUCGAAACUACUCCAUCUUAUAAAUUAAUAUCAGUAGUCAAUAGACGACCAGUUGACGACGAAAAAACUUUAUCGCAAGAACGUGCAAAAGACGGAGAUGAAUAUAUUCUUUGUGCAAAACGUGUGCCAACAGUCAAAGAUAACGAAAAUAGACCAUCCAUAAAAAUUGAUCAACAAAUGAUUGAUUCAAAAACUCAUGGCCUCAAACGAAUGCAUCCCCAGAUAAAUAAAGAUUUGCGGGCUGGACCAAUAACAGAUUUUCAUACUGAUUUAAAUAAAAUAUUGUGCACGUUAAUUGAUGCUGCACAAAAAUUACUCUAUUGUAGACCAGAUGCUGAAGCUAUUUUCAAGCAAGCUGAUGAACUGUUGACAAACUCAACAUCGCCAUUGGAUGAAGAGGCAAGAACAACAGAUGAUACAAUAAAUCAAAAGGAUUAUCGACAACGACAACUAUCUAAAUUAUGUGAUAUGGGCUAUAAUGAAGAUCGAGCAAGAUAUGCAUUGAAAAAAACCAGAUACGAUCUCAAUGCAUCAAUGGAAUGGUUGCUUAAUCACGAAGAAGAAUCAAUACCAAAUGAUAAUAGUUCGGCUGAUGAAAACGACGAAGAUGACACGCCGCAACAGGAAUCAUCAUCUUCAAACACUAAUAUGUCAUUAUUUUCUCCUACUGGACCAUUUCGUUCAUUUCGUGAGAUACGUCAACAACGAUUUCGUCCGAGCCGAAGUGCAUUAAAUUCGUUAAAAGAGGUUGGCUUUUCCGAAGAGGAUAUAUUAGUGGCAUUAAGAGCAUGUAAUAAUGAUAAAAAUGUUGCUUGUGAAUGGCUGCUUGGUGAAAAAAAUUCACAUCGUGAUGAUUAUGAAAGCGGUCUAGAUCCAGAGUCAAGUAUCUACAAAGCAAUAAUGAGUAACUCUGUUGUACAAAUUGCAUUGAAUAAUCCUAAAACAUUUUUUGUCAUGCUACAAAUAGCUGAAAAUCAAGCUAGUCUAACACAAUAUUUAAAUGAUAUAGAAAUUGGCAAUAUGUUGUUACAGAUAUCGAGAAUAUAUCAUGCUGAAAAAGAUAAUAUGAAUAUAAAUGAUCAAUUAACAACAAUAACAAAUGAUCAUUGA